ACACCCAAUACAACCAGACGAGCAUUGUGUAGUGACACCAGGCAACUGACAAUGGUUGUUUGCAAUCAGGUUUUAUCGAUAUGCUUGGAUUACCAAGGUCCCGACACCUUUUCGUAACUGACGACUAAGACCCCGAAAGACGCCUUCCCGUGACGGCAGGUAUUUCAAGUUGGGAGUUGGAUACGUCGGAGUGAUAUAGAUGCUGUUCCAGUUUUCCAUGUGGAUAUUGACUUUUGAAGGAGUCGAAGCCGAAGAAAACUUGAGAAAGAACGCCCUGAAAGGAAGGAACAUAUUGAAUUGGCUCUACCCUUCUCGCAACCUUUACAUGCACAUUCUCACUGGGACUUAAAUGUGUUUGUGGGGUGUGUGUCUGUGUAAAUGUUCAUCGUGACAUAAACUGUGUCCCCUUUAACGAGGGCGUUUCGUUGUCCACACUACACGUGUUAGGUCGAAUUUACACGAACGGAGUAUGUACACAGGGCGAUAUCUGGUGCAUCCAUACAACUGAUGAUACUGACAGUGGUUGUCGGGACAACCCCACCACAAAGGAAACUAUAAUGGACGGAUAAGUGGGAAUAAGUGUGAUACUGACAGUGGUUGUCGGGACAACCCCACCACAAAGGAAACUAUAAUGGACGGAUAAUGUGCGAGUGGGAAUAAUGUUGUCUCUUUUCUCGAGUCUACCAGGGUCAUGACCAACUUCAGCACCAAGGCAUUUAGCACCACGUCGACAAGUGAGACUGUAUCCCACUCCCAAGAUACCAACCAGGAUCUCGAAGAUAAACUGCUGUGGAUCCCCGGGGUUUUAAUGGGCGUUGCAAUGAUAAUGUUUCUCGGUGUUUCAUUUUACCGAUAUCAUAUGCGCUUCCGCCGGAAACGGAAGUUGGCCAUGGAGUAUAUCAGUCUGACUCUGUCCGCCAAACGACCAAGAAUCGGAGCCCCACUGUGCUUCACAAACAAUCUCCGCCUAAGUGAGCUGUGUAAUUCUAUGCCAUCUGCACAGUUAAAUGAGCUGGGUAAUUCUAUACACAAAGAAGAAAAUGGCGACAUCCAUGUCAGAAUUACAAAUAACGAGACGUCAGAUCAAAGGGCGACAACUCAAUAUGGCUUUACGUAUUCAAACCCAACCUUUAAAACCGACGUUGGAGAGGAUAGUGACUCUAACAGCUUAGUAAGCGCAGAGAUACACAAUUCCAGCACAACAACUGUUGAUCUUGCUGAAGUUGAUCUCAAACUUUCUGAACUUUGCGAACAGUGUGCCUCCAAGGCCCUAGCCAUGGAUGCCGCGGACCAGUCGAGGAGAACUAGUGCUGUAAGGAGUCAGUUUGCACCUAUGGACGAUUUUAGCGAACAUCGACCAACAUUCAACGCCGGCGAUGACUUUGAAAUGAUGGAUGCCUUCCAUGGGCCGCCACGGGAACGGCGGCGGAUGUCAGUGGAUGUAAACCGCAACAAACGCCCAAACGGUACGCUGGUCCUGUGUCCCCUCUGUUUCGCUGGAAAGACUCAUCACGUAUGAAAAUGGAUUCAUUUGUACUCACAUCUUCUGUUGCAGUAACUAAUUGUAGUAGUUUUGCAAACAGCUCAAUGUACUAACCAGCAUUAAAACCGAUAAUCACAAUACGUUUCAUUAACAGGGGUAGGUUCGUGCUCAAAAGGUGAUAUUGCUGUGCUAACACUAUUGAAUUACUAAUGCUGACAAGUAUAUUACAUAGCAAAAUACCCACACCCUUCGCCUAUAACAUAUAUCUAUAUACUAGUAUCUAUAUCACACAAUAAACGCAUGAUCAACUUAACUCGGAGGGCAAGAAAACGAUUUUUUUCAGCAAAUAUUUACACGCAUGACAAAGAAUAAUAACUGCGUGUCACAGAGACGUUGUGUUUGAUUGUGUCAUGGCUUAAUACACAGGACAACUUCAUUUCAUAUUGUGUCCAGUUUUUCAAUAUUACAAAAAUUUGAAUAUGCGUUUUCAAAAUGUUUCAGUUUAUAAACGCAUGUGAUAUGUAUGUUAAGAUUUGGCAAAUUUGUAAUUAAAUGCUAAGAAUGACCGUGCUUGUGAAGGGAGAUUUACUAACAACAUCCCUGCAAUGGAAUAUAGCCGAACUAUUUCUUUGCUGUGUUCAGUUAAUUCGCUAGCAUAAUGCAACUGCAUUUAAUGCAUCAUACUCUAUUCACUCCGUACAAUGCCUACUAACUCCUUGUCUUGUCUGAAUAAUACGUCCACGUGUGUUAGUACUCCCACAUUAAACAUACGUGUCUUGUGCUUUAAUCAUUUACGUUACCUUGACAACAAUUGCAGCCUUCAUUAGCGUAAACAUUGUUCAUGGGACGCGAGUUCAAAAACAAGGCCUGUUGUUUGCCUGAAUAUUUUACGGUGCUUCGGAAGACAGGAACAUUGCACGUUCAGUUGACGUAUCUAUGCAACAUGUAUGCGGGUCACUUACACAAAGUACUUCACUAUAGAUCGUGUAUAGAUCGCCCCGUGUUGAGUACUUCAAUUAUACAAUGUUCUAUAACAAGUAGUGUUAGAUAUAUACCCGCAUUCUUCUCUCAACUAAGGGUGUUGAAUUGUUAUAGUCAACAUGUACGAUCUCGCGGAGCAUAUGCCAUCGUCAUGUAAGCUAACUGAAAGUUAAUAAAAGCUGGGCGGUGAGGUAGCCUAGUGGUUAAAGCAACCGUUCGUCACGCCGAAGAGCCUGGUUCGAUUCCCCAAUGAGUGAAGCUUAUUUCUGUGACCCCCGCCGUGAUAUUUCAGGAAUAGCGUGAAAAGCGGCGUAAAACCAUACUCACUCACUCUGAUAUAUACUAGGGGACAUUACACCUAUCAAUAAUUCGUUAAUAAGUCAAAUUUAGGCCAGGAGGUUUCACUGCAACCACGACCGUCCAGACUGCCAGGGUAGUGCUGAAUAUUGUUCAUUGUAUCGGGACCGCCUCCGUGGUCUAGUGGUAGAGCAGCCGCCCGGAGAGCGGAAGGUCCGGUGUUCGAUCCCCGGGCGCGUCAUACCAAAAGUCGUUAAAAGAUGGAAC